CCGGGUGUGAGGAAAGGGGAGAUCGGCCGCAACCCGAACGGGAUGGCGUCUCCGCACGGCUCCGGCACAGCAGUGGAGUGAGUGAGUGAGGGAGGGAGGCGACUGGCGACGGCGUGGGCCGAGGUUGACUCAAGCAGAGCAGAUGUGAGAAGAUGAUGGCAGCAGACAAAGGGGUGGUGGAGGAAUGGCUAUCGGAAUUUAAGACACUUCCUGAGAUCUCCAUAUCCAGCUAUGCUUCAAGUUUAAAAGGGAAGAGUACAUUGGUUUCGGAAUUGUACACGGUCAUCAGUGAAUCACUUAGUGAGUUGCUGGAGCCAGUUUGCCACCAAUUAUUUGAAUUUUAUCGCAGUGGUGAGUUUGAACUGAAGAGAUUCACAUUACAGUUUGUUCCUGAACUUGUAUCGAGCUACCUUUCAGUCAUAUCAGCACGGAAUAUGCACAGUAGUGGCUGCAUUGAGGCUCUUCUCUUGGGUAUCUAUAACUUGGAAAUUGUAGAUAAAGAAGGUGGUACGAAAGUGCUGUCUUUUACUGUCCCAUCCCUUUCAAAACCUUCAGUGUACCAUGAGCCUUCUAGUUUUGGUUCUAUGGCACUUACAGAAGGCGCUUUAUCUCGACAUGGCUUGACUAGGGUUGUACAUGCUGGACCUUAUUGUCAAAGGGAAACUUUUACAGCACAAAAUAGGUUUGAAGUAUUGACGUUCCUGUUGCUCUGUUACAACGCGGCAAUAGUCUACGUGCCUUGUCAUUCUUUACAGUCUCUGUGUCGUAUGUGCUCCAGAAUAUGUGUUAAUGGAUUUCCAAGAAAGUUGCAGAAGAAAUCCGAAAAUAUCAGGAGCAGAAUAAGAGUCUCUCCAGAGUUUAUGGUACAUAUGUUAACAGCUGUUUAUUAUGCUAUAUAUAAUGGAGAAUGGGAGUUGGGCUGCAAAGCACUGGAUGAUGUGUUGUACAGAGCACAAUUGGAAAUGUUUCCAGAGCCUUUACUGGUUGGGAAUGCAAUCAAAAAUACAUUACCUUCUAGUGCCCUAAAAUCUUCCAAAAAUGCGCCACGAAGUAUUCAGGUAGAGAUAACUCCAACAUCAUCCAGAAUAUCUAGAAAUGCGGUCACAAGUUUAUCGAUACGAGGACAUCGAUGGAAGAGGAAUGAAACAACUGAUUUAAAAGACCAGGAGGAUCUCGUGAACAUCAUUGAAGGAGAUGAAAAAUCUUAUUCCAAGGCUUUGAAUGCAGUUAUGGUAAAUACUAAUAACAAGGUAUCUGCUGGAAAUUGUCAGUGGCAAUCAUUAAAUAACAAAGCGGGCAAAGAAAUAGCAGGUGAAACCUGCCGGGAACAUCUUGCUCGUAAACAUCAGUCUCAAAGAGCUGUGAGUGAGAAUCUUGACCUUUUGUCCAUGAAAAGAUUGACUCUGACUAACAGCCAGUCCGUACCUAAGGCUGGAAGCCAGAGUUUGGCAAACACUUCUACAACUCUCUUCAGUAAAUCAUUUGAACAGGUUAGUGGAGUCUAUACUGGAAACAGUCCAGCCCGUGCCACAAGUAGAAAUACGACAGAAUCAAACAGAUUUUCAGCCUGCAGUCUUCAGGAGGACAGACGUGUAUCAGAUCGUGAACUUCAAACCACUGUUUCAAAAACAGAAGCAACAAUGCUCACCAAGUUUUAAUGCCCAUCUCUUGACAGAUAUAUAAUUUUGCACCAUGGACAUUAAAGAACAUCUUGUAUUUUUUGUAUAAAAUAUUUUCAGUUAUUUUGGCAAAUGUGUUUUUUUAAUUGAGUGGAAAUAGUCCAAUUUCUUAAUAUACCUGUGAAAACAAAUUAACAAUGAAUAGGGAAAUGCAUAAUGUGUAUAUUAAUGUAUAUUUUGUCUGUUUGAACAUCAUCUGAAGAAUUAACUAUUUUAGAAUAGUAAAUAACCUCUAUCUUCCUUGAAGUGUUAGCCUUGUAUUAUUUAUUUCUGUUGUAAUCUGUUUAAUUACUUCUACCAUAUAUUUAGUAGUAUUUUGAAUGGAGAAAAAAAAAUUAAACCUGUGAGCUUUGAAUUCUACAUAUAGAAUUGUGAUAUGAACUUAGUUGAACUAGAUUCUGCAGCCUGCAUGCAUUUUGGCCUUUGUGACUUAUACAAAUCUAUUUUGUUGCCUUUUUCAAAUACCAUUUUUUAACAAACAAAUUCUACUUUAAAUCAGUAAAUGUAAACAUAUUCCUAUUUCUGAUAUCUCCUUGCAUUAACAAUUGCAGAAGUUGCUGGAUAACCUCAACGUGCCUCAAAAUUGAAAAUGCUAAGUUUGUAUUGGUUUAUUAUUGUCACAUGUACCGAGAUAAAGUGAAAACCAAUGUUUGUAGGCGAUCCGCACUAUGCAUGAGUACAUCAGGUAAUACAAAAUAGAAAGGAAAGAGCACAGAAUAUAGUUACAGCUGCAGAGAAUGUGCAGAUAAAGAAGUGCAAGGGCUGCAGAGAAGUAGAUUGGAAGGUCAGAUAUUUACCAUUAGCAAAUGAGGGGUCUGGCUAAGAGUCUGGUAAUAGCAGGAGAAAACUAUUCUUGAAUCUGGUGAUAUGUACUAUAAAGCUUUUGUAUCUUCUGCUCGGUAGGAGAUGAGAGAAAAGUGAAUGAUAGGGGUGUGAAUGGUAUUUGAUUAUGUUAGCCACUUUCCCAGACAGCAUGAUAUAGAUGGAGUCGAAUGGCAUGGGGGAGGGGGAGGAGGGCUGUGGGUGAGGAAACUCGUUUGCCUGAUGGACUGGUUGAAACUUGUGGGACAGGUUGAAAACUUUGGAAUUUUGCAAAUGUUAGUCCCAUUGUCCUGUUUCAACCUAUCAUUUCAAUACUUUGAGCAGUAAUACUCAUGUUAAAGAAAUUAUUGCUCACAAAAUAACUUCUAGUUUAGCUUCGAAUAUACAAAUUGCAGUACAACUUGAGAAUUGUAUUAAUCUCUCAAUUGUUUCUUCUCAGAAAAAUAUUUACUGAGGGCAGCUAAAGCAAGAUUAAAAUGUAUUUUUUAAAUGUAUAUAUUUUUCCCAAUCUAUUCACAAUUGUUAGUCAUACCAUUAUUUUCUGCAGUUAUUUGUGCAAUUUUUACAUAGAAGUGGAAUACCGGGCAACUUUUUGCUUUAGUAAGAACAAAACAAAAAUAAUGUAUCCAACUUUUUAGUCCAAAGCAAGUUGUAAUUAUGAUAAAUAAUUUAUCAAAGAAUGUGUCAUACCUAUGAUUUUCUGUCUAGAUUCCAAUAAUACUUUUAUUAAAGAAAUCGUGUAGAUACCACAGCACACGAAUUUAAAUGUUUUAAUAAACAUUUUUAUUGAAGAAGUGAAUAUAUUUGACAAACUUAAUUGGUUUUAAUUGUAUAUUUUCCAUUGGGAGAUAUCUUUGUAAAUUGUAUAUCAGUGUAUUCACAGAUAUUGACUGUCAAGUGCUAAUCAUGUGCCACACUUUUGAAAAUGUUCUCAAUUAUCUACUUUAGCAGUUUAUUAUUCUGAUUUAAUUCCUACAGUUUACAAUAAUUGGAGAAGCCAGUUGCAAAGACUACAUGUGAAGCUCUAUGAAAUUUGUGAUCUGGAUUACCAAGAAAAGUUAAUUAAAGCAUUACAAUAUUGUUAAAUAUCAUUGCAUUAUGUAACUGAUUUUAAAUAUUUUUUAAUUCAACAUUAUAAGAGGGAAAUAAAUUGAAGAUAAUGGUUCUGAGUUUCUCAAAAAAAAUAAAAGGAUUUGGCCGUCU